AUGUUGAUCGUUUCCCCCUCGUUAGAAGAGCACACUGUCUUUGGGAAGCCGCUGCGAGAAAGCCUCAAGUUUGCGAGCGUGCAGAUCUCGACGGCGAACGCUAAUGGCGAAUUGUAUGUGUGGGGGUACGUGCCUGUGGUGGUCGCAAAAUGUGGUCUUUACCUGAAGGAGAAUGCAACCGAAGUCGACGGCACCUUCCGAGUCAGCGGGUCGAACAAGCGCAUGCGAGACCUCCAGGCGAUCUUUGAAACACCACCACGAUACGGAAAGUCCUUGGACUGGAAGAACGAGCACUUUACGACGCACGAUGUAGCCAGUGUUUUCCGGCGGUACCUUACCCAGAUGCCGGAACCUGUAAUACCCUAUAAUAUGUAUCACGAUGCGACGAAGGGCUCAUCCCAAGAAGAGGUUAUCAACACAUACAAGCGACUGAUACACGCCAUGCCGAGAGCGAAUCAGUAUCUCUUACUCUACGUGUUGGAUCUUCUGAGCGUGUUCGCGCGGAAGAGCGACAAGAACCGGAUGGAUGCAAGUAAUUUGGCCGUCAUUUUCCGACCCGGGAUACUAUCACAUCCGGAUCACGAGCUCUCGCCCCACGAGCAUCAACUCAGCCAGAGGGUGCUCGAGUUCCUCAUCGAACAUCAGGAUUGGUUUAUGGUGGUGCGUGUUCAGUGCACUUCGAUAGUCGCCCAUGAUGGACAGCUUUUCACUAGGACGUUCCGCCACCACCAAGGAAUGAUUCUGUGGCGAUGCGAGCCGAGCCUAUGA